AUGUUGCGGCAAUGGCUGUGGAUAGGUUUCGAGAAAGCUGCGAGCCCUCUGCCUUGGAAUUCUCCUGAAGCUGUGAAAAGCAAGGUCCGAGAUCUGGACUGUGACAGUGUGUGCCCUGCAAGUCCUCCAGAUGGCUCAUCUUCGAAUGCUCUUAGGGGUUUAGUCUCGGUUAGUUUUGGCGAGUUUUAUCAGGAUAGGUGCACACCGGGGUGGACAGAGCAAGCCCACUUCUUGCGAGAGCAUUGCUUGGGAAAUGCCUUAGAUGCUGUGCAGGUUCAAGUGCAUACAAGUCAUUACUUUCCUGUUUGGGAAACCAUGCCACAUCUUCUGAAGCGUGCGCGAGUUUCUCACAGGGAGGCUAGCCGCUCCCGGAGCGUGAAGGUUGUUCCAAGGUUUAGUUCGGGUGUUAUUUCCAUAGAGCAGUGGUCCUUGUUGGAUGAUACCGAUCGCGAGGCAGUGUCUCGUGCCACGGUCAACUUAUGCUUGCAGCAAGGGUCCGCAGGCGGCCAGUUGAAUACCGUAGGAAGCGUGAUAGGCGAAGCCGAGCCGAACCUUGCAGAUGCAGAUGUUUCCGAUUUCCCGGUACUUUUUGUGCCGCCGUGGUUAGGGCAAUGCAUCUUCACGAAGCAGUGGCGUCAUUUAGUAAUGUUGGGCAGGUGGGCGCCUCAGUGCCCCAAACUGAAGGAGUUCCUUCCUCGUGAGAAUGUCAGAGCAUCCGUGCCGGCACAGCCAGCUUGCCUGACGGCAGAGGCUGCAGAGAGAUGUGUUGAGUUGUUGCGGGAUACGUUUGCCAAGCUUUCCAUUUCUUUGCCGGAUGAGGACCAUGUGGCGGGACUGCGUCUAGACACUUUGCGUUGCAUCGAGGAUUUGUCAGCCCACAGGGAUUCUUUGGUGCCUGAUUCUGCGCAUGUUCGUCUAUUCAACAAAGUGGCUGAGGAUUCUAGUUUCCUAAGACAGAUCUUGGCCAGCUUGGAUUUGAAGAACCGCGGCAGGUUGAAGCAACAUGCUCGAAAGUUCAUAGAAUGCAUUCCCGAGGGUUUGAGGCCCGGUGCGACGGCGUGGAUUCAAAGUGCUUUUGCCAGUUCAAGCAAGCUGUGUCGUGGGAGAUUGCAACUAGAUAUUGCGAUGUUGCUUUUCCAGCGGGCUAGAGUUCGGGCCAAAGGGUCGGUUCUGCGUUACAUGUGGGGUGAUGCUACAACCAAGCGGCCCUGGGAGAUUUAUAAUGUCCGCUACCGCAUGUGCAGCAGUGCAGAAGUGGUUUCCUUGGCCAGAGCAUUCAAGUGGCUUUGUGCGCACCCGGCAGCUUCAGAGGAGUCGGCAGCUUUGUCGGAGGACGUGCAAGCUCAGCGUUGUGUCUAUUCCCAGCUGCUGUUUGAUAGCUUUGAGUUGCAUACCCAAGUGCCGCAGUUGCUGGGGCAGGGCAGAACGAAGCUGAUAGACAAAGUGAGUGCACAUGUGCAGUCUGGUUUGUUGGAGGCUGGGGAUUUGGAAGGACUGCAGGCCUAUCUGAGUUCAUGCGUGGCUUGGUGCAGCGACGUGGGAGUGGAAGCAGGUAUUCCGGAUUGUGAGGUGCAGUGCGUCGAAAGUGUGUUGCCGCCGUGUGUCAGGCCUUCUCGUUUGCAAUUUUGCAGCACUGGGGAUGAACAUUUUGCAGACGAGGGCUUGCUGACAGCUGAGCCCGAGAGAGCACAUGAAGGUAGCCUGAUGCCCAAUGCCAUUCACGUGCCUGGGACAUGCCAUGCAAUCCACAAUGCUUGCUUGAAUCUAGAUACGGCCCUCAUGGAUUUUGACUGGUUCAUCGCGAGUGUGAAGAAGCUUCAUCCUCUGUUCUCUGUGAAAAGACGCAGGGAUCGGUUCUUGCAGGUGGCGCUUCGUGGAACCCCGCAGUAUGAUCAAGGAAAGCAGAUUCUGGAAGGGUUUUCAGGCACCCUGCACACAGAAAGGUGGGGAGAGCUUGCAGGGUACUUGCGCGCGGGCUAUCCCUUGUUGUUGUUCUGUCGACAAUACUGGGAUGGGGUCGCUUAUGCUCGCGACUUGGAGGAUGGAGGGGAAACGGAAGAGUUUUCUUGUAGUGCCAUCACAGAAGUUCUCAAAGAUGAUUACUUUCUAGUGUACUGGCAGCUCCAGAUUGCACUCAGGGACAUGAUUCAGCAUUUGCUUCGCUGGGUCGAGGGUUGUGCCUGUCAUUCCAACCUGCUGCAGGGAAAGUCUGCCUUUCGGCAGGAGCAGGCUUUGCGGGAGGAGAUCCAAUGCCCUGGUGAGGUUACCUGCCAGUGCCCAUUGAUGGGUUGCCAGGCUGCCGGGUUGGUAGCUGGUCACAUUGAGACGUUUGCAGAGACUUUUGCUCAGACUGGGUUUAAUGAUUUCAUGUCGAAGAACCCUACAGGUUUGUCCUCGGAGCAGUGGGGUCGGUUGGCUUCAGAGUGGCNNGGCUUUGCCCUGGGUCAUCCUUGGUGGAACUCACUCGGAUGCACAGUUAUCCAAAGGUUGUUUGCGCAAAGCACUCCGGCUUUGGGACGAGCUGCCCGAAGCUGCAAGACUGUUGCAGCACAGCAAAGCACAGGAGCUCUUCGGCCCGCUGCGAGAUGA